AUGUCAAUGAAUUACGAAGAUCCGCUAAUAGUUAAUGUUUUGCCCUGCUUAGUAAAGACAAAUGGCGAGGAGUCCAUGGAUUUAUGGAAACAGACAAACACAAAAUUCAAUGGGGAAAGCACGCCAAUAUUGACUGCAGACGCAUCAGAAAUAAAAGGUGAUCAAUUUUAUGCCAUUUAUAAAGAAAAGAAACUCUUCGCUGAAGGUUCUGAUCAAAGCAAGGUUCACAAAACAUAUUUUAGGGGUAGAAAAUUCUUUGGGGAACACUUGGGCCUUGAUAAAUCAAAAUAUCAAAUCGCAUUAUUUGAAAGUUCAAAUGUUCCAGAUAGCGAAACUAAACAGAAACAAUCGCAAUUACUAAAAAAGGCUGACGUUGAGGAUAUUAUGAUAUGGGAACAUGAAAAAACCCCGGGGGACUCUUUGAAGACAGGUUACAACUUCCAGAACCAAUGGUUUGACGUUAAAGAAAUGCUUGAUGUCAGUGAAGUAAUUCAUGAGUAA